AAAGUUGAACAGGUACCAGUAGGCGAUUAUGAAUUGCCAUUGGGUAAGGCCGAAAUUUUAAAAUCGGGCAAAGAUGUCACGGUAGUAGGUUAUGGAUCACAGAUUUACGUUCUUGAAAAUGCUAUACAGAUGGCAGAAAAAGCUAUACCUGGUCUAUCAUGUGAGCUUAUUGACUUAAGAACGCUUUUACCAUGGGAUGUUGACACGGUUGCAAAAUCGGUUGAUAAGACUGGUAGGUUGGUUAUUGCUCAUGAGGCACCACAAACCUCGGGGUUUGCAGCUGAAAUUGCGACCAGUAUAAUGGAGCGUUGUUUUUUGAGACUUGAGGCACCAAUUCAACGAGUUUGUGGCUGGGAUACCCCGUUUCCUCUUGUAUUUGAAAAAUUUUAUGUCCCUGAUGCCAUAAGGUGUUUGGAUGCCAUCAAAGAAGAUAAAUUACAGUUGGCCGCUUCAACCAUUUGGAAGAAGUGCUUGAUAAAAAUCGACAAAGACAAUCAGUCCUUAUUGAAUUCCGAAUUAUUAUAUGCAGAACAAGGAAAACAAACUUCGACAAUAACAGUAAAAUGA